CUCCUUUGGCCUCGUCGGCUCCUCGGUCCCAGUCCGGCUAUUGUUGUGUGUGUUUCGGGGCAACCCUGACCUAUCAGCGGCCGCUCAUUUGUGAUAUUUGAACUGUUUCUCCGCCAUAUUCGGGCUGUGGAGGAGCAGGAGAACCCCAGCGGAGGACGGAGAGCGGCUCAACUAGUCCGUCGGUAUGGGACGGACGGAGCACUGAUUCCACGUUACACGCUGCUGCUGCUGCUGCUGCUGUCGGCUCCUUCACUGCGCUGCUUUGUCGACGGGAAAUUAAAAACGUGAGGGGGAAGAAAAAAAAGAACCCACCACAGGACGCAUGUAGCCGAAGUACGACGCUGCUAAGGUCGCUUUAAAGGCUUGACGAUGGGUUGUGUCAGGAGUAAAGAGGAUAAGGGCCCGGCGUCGAAGUACCGACCCGACAACUGCAAUGCCACGCCGGUCAGUGCCCACCACGGUCACUACGGGCCCGACCCCACCCUGAUGGGUCAUUCACCUCCUAUGAAGACGCACAACAACAGCUACAACAGUCAUGCUGCGGGCCUCACGCCCUUUGGUGGGGCGUCUUCGACCAUGACGCCCUUUGGUGGAGCCUCCACCUCCUUCACCUCAGUGGCUGUGAGCAGCCCCUUCCCCAGUGUCAUCACAGGAGGCGUAACGUUUUUUGUAGCGCUGUACGACUAUGAAGCGAGGACAUCAGAUGAUCUGUCAUUCAAGAAAGGGGAUCGCUUUCAGAUUAUCAACAACACCGAAGGCGACUGGUGGGAGGCCCGCUCCAUCAACACUGGCCAGAAAGGUUACAUCCCCAGUAACUACGUGGCUCCAGCCGACUCCAUACAGGCUGAAGAAUGGUACUUUGGUAAAAUGGGCCGCAAAGAUGCUGAGCGUCUCUUGUUGCUCCCAGGAAACCAACGUGGCACUUUCUUGGCACGAGAGAGUGAGACGACCAAAGGUGCCUACUCUCUGUCUAUUCGGGACUGGGAUGAGGUGAAAGGUGACAACGUCAAACACUACAAGAUCCGCAAGCUGGACAACGGUGGUUAUUACAUCACCACACGAGCCCAAUUUGAGACGCUACAGAAGCUGGUGAAACAUUACACAGAACAUGCGGAUGGUCUGUGCUACCGGCUGACGACUGUGUGUCCCACAGUGAAGCCGCAGACUCAGGGACUAGCUAAGGACGCCUGGGAAAUCCCUCGAGAGUCCCUCCGACUGGAGGUCAAACUGGGGCAGGGCUGCUUUGGAGAAGUUUGGAUGGGCACGUGGAAUGGUACUACUAAGGUGGCAAUCAAGACCCUAAAGCCGGGCACCAUGUCUCCAGAGGCUUUCCUGCAGGAGGCUCAGAUCAUGAAGAAACUAAGACACGACAAGCUGGUGCCUCUCUAUGCUGUGGUGUCCGAGGAACCCAUCUACAUUGUUACCGAGUUCAUGGGCAAAGGUAGUCUACUGGACUUUCUUAAGGAGGGAGAUGGAAAAUACCUGAAGCUGCCCCAGCUGGUGGACAUGGCCUCACAGAUUGCAGACGGCAUGGCCUUCAUCGAGAGGAUGAACUACAUCCACAGGGACCUGAGAGCUGCCAACAUUCUGGUGGCUGAUAACCUGGUGUGUAAGAUUGCCGACUUUGGCCUGGCGCGGCUAAUCGAGGACAACGAGUACACGGCUAGACAAGGUGCUAAAUUCCCCAUCAAGUGGACAGCCCCUGAAGCAGCAUUAUAUGGUCGUUUUACUAUCAAAUCAGAUGUCUGGUCGUUUGGUAUACUACUGACUGAACUGGUGACGAAGGGCAGAGUACCGUACCCAGGUAUGGUGAACCGAGAGGUACUUGAGCAGGUAGAGCGAGGCUACCGCAUGCCCUGCCCCCAGGGCUGCCCCGACUCCCUCCAUGAGAUGAUGAGGCAGUGCUGGAAGAAGGAGCCUGACGAAAGACCGACCUUCGAAUACAUCCAGUCUUUUCUAGAAGAUUACUUCACAGCCACAGAGCCACAGUACCAGCCUGGAGACAACCUCUAGUCUGGGGGAUCUGGGGCGAACUCAGGCGUGCCGAGGUACAUCAGUGGAAAUCAAAAGUUGGGACACCGGAAAAGUUCAACAAGGCAGCAGUCGCUUUGCUGAAGCAGCAGAGAAUGAGGUUUUACAAACUAGUCCACAAUGACACUGGUACACCUGAAAACAUUUUCUCAAGUAGAGGUUUGGCCCUUGUCUACCUGGGGACCAAAGUAUCCAAGUGUGCAGACUGGUGCUGGUAUGUUAGGCUCUGGGAACUCUGCUAAUCAGAAUAAUCCACAUGGGCUGGCCACAACACUGUGAUCAAAAAAAAAAAGUGGGAUUUCAAAUUAAUUGCUCCUUGCAGAUGCACAUUUCUUUUUUUUUUUCUUUUUUUUUUUACUUUUUUAAUGAUAAGUUCUCUCACCCCUUCUCCAAUUUCCCUCUUUUUAUUUGUAUUUUACAUCACAGUCUUUGAUAUUGGUGUCCAAAACUUUUAUAUGUACAUGAGUUUGGUUUUGAAUAUGUUGGCUGAUAAGUAUGUCUUUGAUUGACCAACAACUGGUUGAACUGUCAAGUAUGUGCUGUGACUGUAAAGUUUCGAUGGUGAGAAGACGUAAAUGAAAAAAGGUGUACUGUAUGGAUGCAAGAAUGUACGAAGAGAUCAAAGCAGAUGUACAUACAGUAUGUAUAAAAAAUGUAUUUUUAGCAGGUGUGAUCAGGUGGGCGAGUGAGAAUAAGAGAAGUGUUUGUAUGAUUCUUUUUAACACAGUCACUUGAAUGGCAGAUUACAUCUGUUUAUUUUGCUUUUUUUUAAUUUAAUUGGGGAUUUGAGAUCAUACAGAGGUAUUUUGAUAAAUUACCAGGGCAAACAGUUUUCCUGAUUAACAUUUUAUAAAUGUUUAGAAAUGGACGUUUCAGCUGUGAAAUUUAAACGAGAUUGAGGUCGUUUCUGUCCUUAAAUUAGCAUCUUGACUUUUUUUCAGUGCACAGCUCUGAUUGCUAUAAAAGAUUUUAACAUAUUUGUCUUUAUAUUGCACACAUCUACACAGGUAAAUAUUGCAGUACAUGAGGUUUACCGUGAUGGGCGGUACAAAGGUACACACACACACAGCUGUAGUGUUUGUUUCUCUUCUCAGUAAAAUCCCACCAACCCAUGACUAAGCACACCUGCAGCGUCCUGUAGUUCUGUGUUUGCUGGAGGGUUUUAUCCAAAGCUACAAGUUCACAAAACACAUUUUAAAUGCAACUAUGCAAAGCCAUCAAGCGAUGUUCAACAAAACAUCUGACACGGUCGUUGCAUGUAUGGGACUCCCUUUAGUUUUUCUUAUUUCUAUUCCCAGUGGUAGACCCGAUGAAUUACUUCUUCACUCCAACCAGACAAACAAAACAAACACCUCGCACAGGCUGUGGUCCAGGCAGGGCUGCAGUUCUUCUAGAGAGAUUAAAACAGUCUGAUAACGGAUCCUUAGCGGUACUUCCUCUCUCUGUGCAGGUGUAUGUGAUGGGAAAUAUGAGAAAAUUUAAAGCUACAAAGAUGUGAACUUUUUUUUUUUUUUUUGUAUUUUUUCUGUUGCGUUGCUCACGUAAUAUGUGAUUGUUCCUAAAAAAUGGGGUCUUGAACUAGUGGGGACAUGAAUAAUGAAAUAAUGAGAAUGGUAACUAAUAUGAUUUUGUACAGAAAAAAUAAAAGUUUUACUCAAA